UGUGUGUGUGUGUUGGGGGUUGGUCAGAGGUGACUGUCAGUCAGAGCUCGUCCUCAGAGUUCCUUCUCUCUCUCUCGGUGAACAGUCGAUCAGAUCAGUGUUCUGUUAGUUACACAGUGAAUUUAUCAAUAACCUGAUCAGUCUGUCAGUCAGCAGGUCAGGCGACUCUCCUGGUUUCGACCUCCACGUCUCUGAGAAACAGGACACUGGACGUCUGAAGUGUCUCUGUCUGGACGAGGAAAUCCACGGAGCAGGAGUUCACCUCUGUCAAAGACAACACACCCAACGGAGUCCUUGUCUCAGAGACACCGCAGCUGUGGGAACAACACCUGGACAACAUCUGGACAGUGAAAUAACUUCCUGACAGUGGAACAACAUCUGGACAAAGGAUUAACAUGUGGACAGUUUAUCUGUCUGUGCAGCAGAUGGUAAAAUAAUAAAUCAGGACAGAAGAAAAUCACCUGGACAGUAACAUCUGGACAUCGGGACAACAACAUCUGGACAGUGAAGUUGCAUCAGGACAGUAGAAAAACCCAGAACAUCUGGUCUGGGCUGCAGAGCGAAGUGUGUCUACAGAGUUCAUUCAUUCUGAACUUGUGAAUUUGUUCCUUCUGGAUUUUACUUGGACAGUAGAACGCAGGAAAGUUCCUUCUGGACGGUUUGGUUCCGUUUCACCGUCUCUGCUGCUGCUGGUUCAGGGUUCGACUGUUUCUGUCUGGAGAAAACAAAAGAAGAUCUGAUCUGAUUUAAAGAAAGAAAGGAGGAGGGAGGGAUGGGAGGAGCAGUGUGUAAGGAGGAUGUGAAGGAGGAGAAGAGGAGCGUGGGGAGGGAGGACAGUCUGACAUCAGUGGACAGGAUCAGGAGAUUCAUCGUCAAACAGUUCGGAUACAACGUCCUGAGCCUGGCUCGCCGAGGACUGAAGGAAAUCCCAGAAGAACUGUGGGAGCUGCUGGAGUUGGAGAAGCUGAAUUUGUCCCUCAACAGUCUGAAGGUUCUUCCUCCUCAGCUGGCUCUGCUUUCCAACCUGGUGGUCCUCAAUCUGUGGGGCAACCAGCUCAGCAGCCUGCCGCCAGAGAUCGGACAGCUGAGGAGGCUCCGAGUUUUAUUCGCCUACAGAAACGGACUGACUGAAGUUCCUGAGGAGCUCGGAACCUGCUCACAGCUGGAGGUGCUGAGUUUAGCCAACAACCAGCUGUCCUCGCUGCCGGCGUCUCUCUCUAAUCUGACCAGACUUCGGAAACUCAACCUCAGCCACAACCACAUCGCUCACAUCCCGGGCUGCGUCUACAACAUGAAGGCACUGGUGUUCUUACAUCUGGCCUGUAACCACCUCGAGAACCUGGCAGAGAACAUCCAGGCUCUUGUGGAGCUCAAGAUCCUCAUUGUGGAGGGAAACAGUCUCCACUCGCUGCCCAAGGCGCUCUGCUGCCUCACCAGGUUGGAGCUGCUGAAUCUGGACUUUAACGACAUUAAAGAUGUUCCUCAGGAGAUGCACCAGCUGUCCCGGCUGGAGAAGCUGGCCUGCCACCCUCUGGACAAAGGACUCCACAUCGUCCACAACCCACUGCUGAAGCCUGUGAAGGAGGUGCUGGAAGGCGGACUCACUGCCCUCUACAACUACCUGAAAGCUGGGUAGAGGUGUCUCUUCGCUGUCUGGGUCUAGGUAGAAGUGGCUUUCAAACCUGAGAGUGAAACAUUAAACCACCUGGGAGCCAUGUGGACGUGGGGGCGGGUCUUUCUGACCACUGAGAGCUGGGUAGAGGGGGUGGGACUUCUGAGUCUGGUGCUGAUGCAGAGCAGACAUCAGAGUUUUCAAACAAUCCCAGGACAAAAGAUAGGCCUGUCCCCAUACUUUUGGCCACGUACAGUGAUGCAGUGGAGUUAUUUUUGGUGUAAAUCUGAAAACAAACAUCUGAUGUUUUUAUUGUCAAAAAGCAAAAAACUUGUUUGGAAAAAAGUCGUUUCUCACUUCGUCCCUGAAUCAGUUUGAUCUGAUUAAACUUUGUUUUCUGUUA